AUGGCGGUCCGUCUUGCCGUCGGGGCGGCGAGGGUUGUCCCCGGUGGAGGCACUGCACCAUUGCAAAGGCCACGGAGCGAAAGGUACUUGGAACCAGGGGCACAGAGCAACUUCAGAAAAUGUCCAAUGGAGGAAUUACUGGGCAGCUACAUCAUCUUCCUGAUCCUGCUCUUCAUUGAGACUAAAGGGAUCCCCCCAGUCACUCUUGCCAUCAUCAUCCUCAACAUGUUCAUUUUCCUAGCGCCCGAACUCAACGUGGGGGAUGUCUGCCUCAGCGUCUCCACCACCUUCUACGGCUGCGAGUGGCACAGGCUGUUCCUGGCCCCCCUGCAUCACAUCGACGUCGACCACCUGGGCUUCAACAUGGCCUCGCUGGUGUGGAAGGGCAGCAAACUGGAGCGCAGGAUCGGAAGUGCCCGCUUCAUGUUCUCCAUCUGUAUCUUCAGCCUGUUGACCGGCCUCGCCUACCUGUCCAUUAAGGCCGGCCUCUCCUACCUGCUCACCGAGAGGUUCAACAUGGACUGCGCGGUGGGCUUCUCAGGGAUCCUUUUUGCUCUCAAAGUGAUCAACAAUGGCUACAGCGCCGAUGGAGACAUCCCAGGACCAUUUCAGAUCAAAAAGCGAGAUGCUUGCUGGGCAGAGCUUAUCCUUAUCCAUUUACUCUCUCCAAGAUCCUCGUUUGUCGGACAUUUAGCAGGCAUUCUGGUUGGGUUAGCUUAUGUGAAAGGACCCCUGAAGAUGAUAAUGAAUUGGUUUACAGGCAAGGAAUAUGGUAACGUGCGAUUUGCUGAAUGCUGCCAUGUCUCGCGGAAUCUAUAUCUGGACAGGGACCCUGACGGAGGUGGGACCACGGCUGGCACUACCAGACCGCCGCUCCACCCAGGCACCGGAGACAACGCAGAAGAUGCUGACAGUCAGAACCCUCCACCCCACUCCCCCACCACCCAGGGCUCCCCUGGACCAAGACUGAGCUUCCCCACCCCUCCCCCUGCCAACCCGGACACUGCCCUCUGGAAAUCAGACCCAGGGGAGGGAGCAACGGGGCCAAAGUUUCAGGCUGUGGCCUCGCCCAGCAAGAGCAGGAGUUGGGACAUCGUGUGA